CUGUUAAUGUUGAUAUUAUCGGUAAAAUAACAGCGUUGUGACCGCUUUGCGUGCUUAACCAUGGUUAUCUAUUAGAAAUAUAACUCCAAUGCACAAAAUAAGUGAAUGAAAAGCUAGAUCGUACCACAACACUCAAGCCUCGUUGCUUCUAAUCAAGAAAUGCCGUUUGGCCUUCUUUGUGCUAGCGGAUCGAAGAACGAUGACUCCAGAACCUGGCAGGCGCAUGUUGAACUCCUAGAUAACUCUUUGCUCGAUUUGGAUUUAACCAAAGAUACCACUGGAGCUGGUUGUUUGGAAAUUAUUGGACAGAAAUUAGGGCUCUCUGAGGUUGGAUAUUUUGGACUCCAGUAUUUCACUAAAAAAGGAUCAGAAUGGUGGCUAGAACUUGAUAAACCAGUCAUUAAACAACUUCAACGGCAUGCCAAGGAUUAUACCAACUGUACCCUAGAAUUCCAAGUUCAUUUUUUUGUGGCUAAUAUAUAUUGCUUACAAGAGGAGAUUACAAGGUAUUUGUAUUACUUACAACUCAAGUCCAAUGUCCUGGAAGGAAGGCUGGCGUGUACUGAAGAAGCAGCCAUUGUUUUGGCUUCCUACAUAGCUCAAGCUGAGCUUGGAGAUUGCACUGAAAUACAGAAUGUCAAUCAAUUGAUGGAAUAUGAAUUGCUACCAAGAAAUCUGGUGCCCAACAAGUCUAAAGUGGAAUUGUAUCAGCAGAUAUUUGACACGUACAAAUCUUACAGUGGCCUCAGUAGAAGUGAAGCAGAAAUAGAGUUUGUAACAUUGACACAACAGCUGGAAGGAUAUGGGGAUGAAUACUAUCCUGCUAAAGAUAAUAAAGGUACAUUGAUUCUUAUUGGCGCAACAUUUCUUGGCAUCAUCAUCCGACAUCCACAUGGAUUACCACCUGUCUGCUUCAAGUGGCCAGAUAUCGUACAUAUUUCAUACUCUAAGAGAUACUUCUGUGUUGAAACAACCAAAACCUUGGAUACAAUUCAAUUUGGAAUGGAGGAUAGUUCUACUGCUAAAUAUGUCUGGAAGAUGUUUGUUGGUCAUCACAGAUUUCGUCGUUUGAACGUUACCAGAACUCCUCGGGAAUUCGAAAAAUCCCGACCCCCGAAAAAGAUGAUCGUUGACAGAAAGAUGACGCUUAAUACUCUCAGAUCCAAGGAAAAUAUGGCGGUAUCGACCGUUACACUACUUGAAACAAGCCCUGAAAAUAGUGAAAGUAUUGAUAAUAAUGACUGUAUUGACGGUGGUGCGUACACUCCAGAAAGUGGUAUCAUCAACCCUCUGUUUGAAGACAAUGAGGCUGAUGACGAUGAGGAUGCCAUUGUCAACGGAGACGAAGAUUUCGCAUCCAACUUCAACAUCGAGCCGGUAGUCAUGAGAAAUAACUCCAAAACUAACAAUAAAAGACCAGCGUCGUCUCUCUUACCCGAAAUCAAACCCAAACAUUCAGAAUCGCCCAAUCACAUCCUCGAUAGACCAAAGUCUGUAGAUUUAACAGCCACUGACAUCAACCAGCGUCCAAUACAAGGUCAUUCCGAGGGGUUUGUCCAAAAGAAUACAGGAUCUUCGUUAGGGAUAGGAAGCUCGCUUUCAGUUGACUCUGGCCAUCCGCCUACCUUGAACUCUAGCGAGUUUUUCAACUAUGGACAGUCAUUGGAUAGCUUGGUAGAAACGGAAGAUAGCGGUGACAUGAUGAUGGAAAGGACUCCGGAUUUUACGGAACGGAGUGCAUCGAGUAAUGGGCAUUUAGAAACCCAAGAACAAAUCAAGCCAGUUCGUCCAACGUCGUUGAACUUGGAGGAGGUGGGUGGUAUCUGGAGCAACUUCAACACUAAACGAACCAGCGGGUAUUGUACUUCAACAGACUCUGAUUUCUCUGAAGAUAAUUGGCAACAAGAAGAUGAAGUCGAUGAACAGUUAUCUAGGAAUGAACAGCUUAAAGAACUGAAAAAGAACCUCGCUGAAGGCCAAGUGUUUACAGAAUUUCAGAAAAUCGGAAGGCGAAGCGAGAAUCUAUCCGUAUCGACUGGUAGUUUACUCACAAACGAAACUAAAAAUCGAUACAACGAUAUUCUUCCCUAUGAGGAAACGAGGGUACAUUUGAAUCCUCGUAAUAACGUAUUUAACAAUGAUUAUAUCAAUGCAAACCAUAUCAAGAUGAAGAUAGGUCGAACUUUGUACAAGUACAUCGCUUCCCAGGGCCCCAUGGACAAAACAGUAAAUGAUUUCUGGCAGAUGGUCUGGGAGCAAAAUGUUCGUCUGGUCGUCAUGGCAACCGAAGAAAAAGUGACAAGUGGUUCAAACUGCAUGCGUUACUGGCCGGAAGAAGUCGGUCGACAAGAAACCUACGGGCACUGUCAAAUAGUUACUGAACAUAUACAAGACGCUUCUCCAUACAAAAUCCGGCUCAUGAAGCUACGCCAUGUACCUUCGAAACAAGAACGAACUCUUUAUCACUUGCAGUUUACUGAUUGGCCAGACCACAAGAUACCAGAUGACCCUACCAACUUCCUAGAAUUCCUCGAUCAAAUGGAAUCGUUACGGCAUCUGACCAACAGCAGCCUACCACACGGUGAAGAGAAGCCUCCAGUAGUCGUACACUGUACAGCCGGUGUUGGGAGAACUGGUGUUAUAAUACUAACAGAUCUAAUGAUCGCCUGUAUACAAAACAAUCAGCGUAUAAACAUUCAUCGGACUCUUGUUCAACUUCGUCGCCAGAGGAUGCAACUGGUAGCCAAUUUUGGGCAGUAUUCAUUCGUCUAUACCACAGUCAUUCAUUACCUCAAGAAUAGCCGACUCAUCUGAACGAAAGCUAUUACUAUACAUAAUAUAAUAGUGCUUGACAAAAGCACCAGAGUAGAGAAGCAAUAGGCGACUUGCACUAAGAGGUCACAUGAUCAAAUCGGCCAUUGUGGCUGGCAUUCUACAGGUUUUUAGCUAUGCGAGAAUGUAAAAAAAAAAAAAAGGCAGAUUCGGGUAGUUUUUUUGGGUGAUAAAAGGUAAGCUAGCGCACUAAAUGACUAUAAAAAUCCCCUUUUCUUGCAAGAAAUAUAUUCUUAGUAGAUAUCUAAAGUAGAUUUUUGCUAUUAACUCGCCAAGAAGAGAAAAAAUAUGAUAUUUUUUUGUGCUACGAUGUGAAGACCUAAGAAGUGUUUAGGCUUGUUUCGUCGGCUGCACUCCUGUAGAAUGCCAGCCACAAUAGCCGAUUUGAUCACGUGACCUCUUAGUGCAAGUCGCCUAUUUUGUGACAAACCAAAACAGAGACCUUUUCAAAAUUAUCUUGGCUGCAGGACGACCAGGCAAAAAACAAACGAAAUCACACUUUUCUCAAUGGAAUUGUGUCAAUUCUUUUAUUUUUUCCUAUCAAACUCCAAUCAAUCCACAAUAUUAGGCCUAAUCCACUGUUUUCCCAUUACAGACCACAUUUCAUUCCCUUGAGUACCAUUAAUAGGUUUAAUAGUUGCACAUGAGAAGACAAAUGAAUAUAGAGUAAAUCUUUUUAGUGGGAAGGGAGGGGAGGGUAAAUAUUUUUAAGGGUCGUAUUUUAUAAAGGGGCCAAUCUUAUAAAAGAUUUCAGGGAUCUUUUUAUGAGUGAUUUAAAUGUAUUCAGCACACAACACUUUCUACAUUAGGGUGGGGAAGGAUAAUUUUUAGAGGGGAGGGGUGGGGUUAUUUUUGGUGACAAUAUUUUACUGACAAAAUUUAAGAUGGUCAAAUCAAAAAGGAUGAAUAAUAACGAGAAUUAUAUAUAUUUGUUUGUAAUCAUAUAUUCAAUAAUAUAUAUACCAUGGAUAUCUUUAUUUUUAUGUUUAACAUCGAUGGUUUUUGAAGAUGUUUUUGCAUUUAUGCUACUACGAUUUGUAAUGUAGAUAUAAAUAUCAAAUACUCAAAUAUGAUUCAAUCAGUAUUGCACUGAUUUACACAAUGGGGGAAGAAUAUUUAGCAAUCGUUCGUCACAGACAAAGUGAAUAUUUACUGAGCCACGAGCCUUCAAGCGGCGAGGUUAAUAUUCACCAUUGAAUUUUCAUUGAAAAUCCUGAGUUGAAUAAUUCUCCUAGUGUAAUUUUAGAAUUGAAUAAAUUAGAGAAAAGAUUCAGGAUUUUUAAAAAACGUUUGGGAAAUUUUAUAAUACAAACUUUGAAAAAACGUAUAAUCAUCACUCAAGCAGUGAAUAUAAUCUCAGGGAAACCUUGUAUUGAAUUCUAAAAUUAUACUAACCAAGGUGAUAACUUCAAACUUCCAUUUAUUUGCUAAUAAUAAUUGGAAGUCUCUUAAUUUAAUCAUUCAUUUUAUUCUCUCUUGUUCAUUCAUACUUUCCUUUUUUUCAAUUUUCAUCUCUUAAUGAGGGAGACCCUGCUAGCUGGGAACCCUUUUUGUCCCUUUACUCUCUUUUCAUCUUUAAUCUCUUUCUUUUUCUCAUUUUUUCACUUAUUCUUUAUUUUAUAAUACCAACAAAAGCAUUCCUGCUUUUAAUUGAUAUAUGUAUACCAUUGAAAAACUGAGCCUUCUUGUAAUACAUACACUGAAAAGUAA